AUGUCAGACGCGUCUCUUCUAUCAGAUAGUGUUUCAAAGCUGUCUCUGUUGUCUCCGUCAGUGUCCGUACCGGACUGGUCUCUUCUCCCCGAGGAGCUACUUCACAUUAUAUCCAAGAAGCUGGAUGAUUGUUUCGAUGCUCUUCAUGCUCGCUCCGUUUGCACCUUGUGGCGAUCAAUCUUUCCCUUUCCUUCUUACCUAUCACGCACACGUUACUCUCUUCCCACGCUCGAUAACAAAGGCACGUGGAGCCUCGAGAAGAUCCCUUUGUUCCUCUUUAGAAACCGAGCUCUUGCUUCUGACUUCUUCUUGGGAGGGAUAAGGCGAGAUGAGCCAGAAGAGGAGGAGGAGCUUCCAUCUCCUAUCCAAUGCUCAGUGAAAGUGGAGAUUCCAGAUUCUGAUCCAAGGUUGAUGAACCUGCUCGACUGCCAGAUCAUCCCUCUUGGUCAUCAGUACAGAAUGAUCGGUUGCAAUGCUAAAGAAUACAGAAACGUGGCUCUUCUUCCGCUUAACCAAGAAGAAGGAGGAAGAGAUUAUGUUGUUCUACUUAACUUCACUAAAGUUCUGUUAGUGUUUAGAAGUUUUGAAAUGAGGUGGAGGCGGCUUGAGGCACUCACAACAGCUACGUGCGAGGCUUUAUUCACUUUUAGAGGCAAAUUUUAUGCAAUCUUUAUAAACGGUGACGUUUUCGCUUUCGAUCCUCAUUUCCUGGAACUGACUCCUCUCAAGCCCCUGGAGCUAGUAAACUGUGGUUCAUGCAAUGAUCUGGUUCAAUGUGGUGAUGAUGAACUUUUCCUGGUUGAGAAAAUCAUCCCUCGUAACGACGAGGUGUUAUACUUCAGUCGAUUAACGCUAAGAGUGUGUAGGCUAGAUGUGGAGGCUGGUCAAUGGGUGGUGGUCACCCAUAUAGGAGACCGUGUGUUUAUCAUCGGAGACUUGGGGAAUGUCUCAUGCUCGGCUAAAGAGUUUCCUGAUGGUUGUGGUGUGAGUGGGAACUCAGUUUUGUAUACUCAUAAGCCAUGGAAUGAAACAUACUUCUACAAAUAUGGAGUGCAUACAGGACGCGAGGAAGACGACCUCAACUGUUGGAGGUAUUCAGGAGAUAGUCUGGUGACUAUCCUCAGCACUUCUCCUGUGGUGGCUCUACGGGUCGAGAGCGGUGUGUUUAAUCCUUACUAG